AUGCAAGAUAGUUAUAGGAACCAUAUAAGAGAGUAUAAUAAAGAUAGUCUAGAUAGUGAUAAAAGAAAAAUGAAUAAUGUUACAAAUGAAUUAGAAAUAAAUGGUGUGAAUGAAAUAAGUAUGGAAGAUAAUAUAUUAAAUGAAGUUGUAAAGUUAAAAAGUGAUUUAGAAAAAGCGUUAAUAGAAAAUAAAGAAUUAAAAAAUAAAUGUAAUGAAGAUCGAGAACGAUUAGAUUUGUUGUCACUAAAAAAUAAUUCUCUUUUAAAUGAAUUAUGUGAAGAAAAGGAGAUGUUAAAAAUAGAAUAUAAUAAUUAUAAAAUGGAAUCUGUAAAAGAUAUUAAAAGACUACAAGAUGAAUUAGAUAAAAAUGUUAUUAUGUUAAACUGUUUAAAAGAUGAAAUAUUAUUUAAAGAAGAAGAAUUAAGAAAAGCAGAAAUUAUUGAAAGACUUUAUAAACAAGAAAGUGAAUUAAAUGAAGAAAAAGAUAUGAAAAUAAAAAAGCUAGAAAAUUUAUUAAAUCAAGAAAUAUAUUUAAAAAAUGAUAAGGAAGAAAAAGAUAAAAUUAAUCAAGAAGAAAUAAAUGAAAAAUUAGAAUUACUUAAUAAUGAUUUAGAUAAAAAAAAUGAAGAAUUAAAUAUUUUAAAUAAAAAAUAUGAUAAUUUGAAAAAAACCAAUAUUGAUAUACAAAAGAAAAUAUGUUUCUUAAAAGAAGAAAUUGAUUAUUAUAAAAAUAAUGAAAAUAGUUUUAUUAUGCAGAAUAUAUUUAAUGCAGAAAAUAAUUUAGAUGAUAAUAUUUGUAAAAAGAAUUAUAUGAAAAUAUCUGUCUUAUAUAAUGUAUUAUUUAAAAUUGUUGUAUAUGAUCAAAGAAAUUUAUUUGAAAAAGAAAAAAUUCUUUAUUCUUUAGAAAAAGAAAAUACACAUUUUUUAAAAAAAAUUGUAGCAGAUGAAAUUUAUUGUUUAUAUUUAAAAGAUUGUAUUAGUAAAAUUAAUUUAACAUAUCAAAUAGAUUUACAUAAACAAGAAAAGAAAUAUAUGUUAUUAAAUUCAGAAUAUGAUGAUCUUUAUAAUAAAUUCAUAGAAGAAAAAAAAGAAAAUUUAUUAUUAAAUGAAACAUAUGAUAAAAUUAUUUUUAAUCAAAAGAAUGAAAUCAAUAAAUUGAAAAGUCAUAUUUCUAUUCAAAAUAAAGAUAAAGAAAUAUUAACAAAAUAUAUUGAUAAUUAUAUAACAUAUAUUGAAGAUUCAUAUCAAAAAUAUUGUAUUCUGAAUAAGGAAUAUAAAGAUUUAGAAGAAAUGUUUUAUGACCUUGAAGAAAAAAAUAAAAAUUUAAUUAUAUUAGUUAAUCGAAUGGAAGAUAAGUAUCUAAUCGAAAAUAAUAACAACAAUAACAAUAAUAAUAAUAAUAAUAAUAAUAUUAGUGAGUUACAUAUGGAUAAUAUAAAAAUAAUGAAAAAUAAUUUAAAAGAUAAAGAUAUUAAAAUAUUUGAAUUGGAAAAUAAAAAUUUAGAAUUAAUCAAAACUAUUGAUAAAUUAAAUGAUGAUAUUUUAAAAAAAAAUACAAAUAAAGAAUACAUAGAAAAUGAAUCACGUAAAAUGAAGGAUUUAUGUUUCGAUUUAAAAGAUAUUUGUUCUAAAUUAGAAUUAGAAAUUAAAGAGAAAAAUAUUAUUAUAGAUGACUUAACAGAUAAAUUAAAUCAAUCUGAGAAAAAAAAUAAAGACAAUCAAGUUAUAUUAGAAUUAUCUGAAUUUAGAAUACAAAAUUUUAAUGAUAAUGUAAAAUAUUUUACUAGUAAAGUUAAUGAAUUAAAUGAAAAAUUAACGAAUAAAGAUGAAGAAAUAACACGCUUACAUGAUUAUAAUGAAAAAAUAAAUCAAGAAAAGGAAAAUUUAUUUUAUGAAAAUGUUCAUAUUUUAGAACAACUAAAAGAAUUACAGAAAGAAAAUGAAAAAUUGAGAAAACAAAAUGUUAUUAUAAAGAAUGAAUUAAAUAAAAAUGGUAUUCAGUUGAAUGAAGAUAUAUAUAUGGAUAAGAUAAUGUGUGAAGGAGAUGAUCAGAAUAGGAUAGACAAUAUGAUAAAUCAUAUUCCUAAAGAACAAAAUAAUACAAAUGAUACAAAUGAUACAAAUGAUGCAAAUAAUAAUAAUUUAAAUUUAUUGAUGAAUAGUAGGUCCUUUCAAUAUCAUAAAUCAAGAAACUAUAAAGAUGAUGAUAAAAACGAUUUAAUCUUAAAAAUUGAUAAAUUAACAGAUGAAAAUAUUUUAUUAAUUAAAGAAAAUGAAGAAGUAUUUGAUAAAUUACAAAUAGUGUCUAAUGAAAAUAUUAAAAUAAAAAAUGAAUUAAUGCAUACCAGAUCAGAUGUAGAAAAACAUUUGUUCCAUUUAGAAUGUGAAAAAAAAGAAAAAUUAAAAUAUAAAAUGUUAUCAAGACAAAGGAAAAGACAAUCAUCACAUAUGAAAAGAAAAUUCCAUACAAUGAUGGAAUCAGUUAAAGAUUUAGUUAAUGAUAUUAAACAAAUAGAUAAAGAAAAUAAAAGAAAUGAUAUGAAUAAUUCUUUUUUUGUUUCCUCUUCAUCUGGUUCGUCCUAUGAAAGAUUAAAUCAAUCCAAUGAUGAUUUAUUAUCUGCUAAUGAAAAUAGUAAUACUCAAUUAAUGUUAUCAUCAGUUGGAAAAUCUAGAAAAAGUAUGAAUAAUACAAGUAUAGAUGGAAAACAUAGUUUUUAUAGCAAAUCGACUAAAGUCUUAAGAUUAUCAGAAGAUAUGAAUGAUUUCAAUAUAUUCUAUGUUGAUAAAAUGAAAAAGAAUAAAAAGCAAAAUAAUAUUCCUCAUACUUUUAAUACAUAUGAAAAACAGGGAAAAAUAUUAUCUGAUCAUAUUAAAAGUAAAAAACCUAAUACAAAAGUAGGGAAGAGUAAAAAAAAAAUAUAUAUGAAAAUACGUAUGCACCGAUUUUCUAUAUGUAGCAAUUUCAGAAUUAAUUUAAAAAAAUAUAAGCAUGCAUAUAAAGAGUUAAGUAAUACCUUAUGCUUUUUAAAUCAAAAGAAAAAUGAUAAUUUAAAUAUGAUAAAUAAUAUGUAUUCGAAGAAUGCUAAAGGUUUAGAUACUUUUUAUUCUUUACCAAAUAGUACUGAUUCGAAAAUAAUUAUAGAUGACGAAUUAAAGGAGAACAAUGAGGAGUAUAAUAAACGUGUAAAAUUAGACAAGAAACGAAGAAGAAAUAUGAAAAAUAUGAAUAAUUUAAAUAAUUUAAAUAAUGAUGUUUUAAUUUUCGAAUCGGAAAAAAUUAUAAACGAUCUUAAUUAUAUUAAAAGAAAAUAUGAUUCAAAAGUUAAAGAAACAGUAAACAUGCAGAAAAAAUUAAUUAAUAAUGAAAAGGAAUUAAAUAAUACUAAUAUUAAAUAUGAAAAUUUAUUAAAUGAACAUGAUACGUUGAUAUCUGAUAUAAAAGAAAGAAGUGAGAAACUUUCGAAUAUAGAAAAAAAUUAUAAUUUGUUAUUCGAAAAAUAUAGUGAAACACAAGAUGAAAUAAAAAUGCAUGAACAAAAGACACAUGAAAUUUUUAAUGAAUGUAAUGAUUUAGUAGAAUAUAUGAAAAAGAAAGAAAAUAAAAUUAAAGAAGUUGAUGAGAAUCUUAAAAAAAUUGAAAUAAAAUAUCAAGAAGAAAAAGAGAAAAAUGAUAUUUUAACGAAAGAUAAUAUUUCAUUAAAUAAUUUAACUUCUAAAUAUAAAGAAGAUAUAGAAUUAUAUAAUAAGAAAUUAGAAAAUAUGCAUACUGAAUUAAAAUUAAGAUUAAGUAGAAUUGAAGAAUUAGAAUUAAUUCAGAAAAAUACAGAAAAUGAAAUGUAUUAUUUAAAAUCAGCUACAUAUAAAUAUGAUAUCAAUUUAAAAGAAGCACAUGAUGAAUUAAAUCGAACUAGUGAACAUACUAUGAAAUUAGAAAAGAAAUUAAAAGAAUGUGAAUUAAAUAUUGAUGUUUUUAAAGAACAAAUUAUUAAUAGAGAUUAUAUUUUAUAUUUUAUAAAUGAUUCUUAUAAAAAGAAAGAAUAUUUUUUUAAGCAUUUAAAAAGAAGAAUACAAGGAUUUAAUAAAGCUUUCAUAGAAUUAUUUGAAAAUAUAGAAAUGAAAGAUAUAAACAAAUUUAAUGAAUUACACCAACAUUUGGAGUUUAAUGAUAAUGAAUAUAAAAAAAAUGUUUUGUCUUUUCAGUUGAAUAAAAAUGACAAUGAUAUAAAUAAUCACCACAAUAAUAAUAAUAAUAUAAACUAUGAUAUGAAUUAUCAUAAUAAUUACCAUAAUAAUUUCCAUAAUAAUUAUCAUAAUAAUUAUCAUAAUAACAAUUUAGAUGAUGUUAUGAAAAGCUUAGAUACCAUUGAUGAAUUAAAUAUAAAAUACGAAGAAGAAAAAAAUGAAAUGCUAAAUAGAAUUAAUGAAGUAGAAAAUAAACUAAAAAUAAAAAUGAAUGAAAAUAAUUUAUUAUAUGAGAAAUAUGAAAAUAAUAUGAAAGAUAUAUUAAUAGAAAGGGAUGAAAGAGUUUCUGAUUGUUUAAUUUUAUCUGAAGAUGUGAAAAAAAAGAAUAAUGAAAUUAAUAUAUUAAUGAAAGAAUUAGAUGAGAAGAAUUUUGAAUGUAAUGAAAUACAUAUGAAAUGUACGUUUCUAAUAAAUGAAGUAAAAAAUUUAGAAAAAUCAAAAUCUCAUUUAAAUGAUAAAUUAAAAGAUAUAGAAAUACAUCAAGAAGAACAAAUUGAAUAUUUAAGAAAAGAAAAUAAUUAUUUAAAAGAGGAUAUAUAUAAUAUUAAAAAUGUGAUACAUAAUUUAGAUGAAGAAAUUAUAAAAUUAAAAGAAACAAUACAUGAUUUAAAUGAUGAAAAAAGUUGUUAUGAAAAUGAGAUAGAAAAAUUAAGAGACAUGUUAGAAGAAGAAAAGAAAUUUAAUGAUAUGUUAAAAGAAAAUGAACAAAAUUUUAUAAAAGAAAUAAAAGAAGCACAUUUAUAUGCUAUUAAAAAAGAAGAAGAAGUUAAUACAUUCAAAUUAACUUAUGAAUUGGAUGAGAAAAAAUACAUUGAUGAAAUUGAUAAAUUAAAAAAGAAAAAUGAAGAAUUUAAUAAUUCUAUAAAAAAUCAAAGAAAACUUGUAUCUGAUUUAGAAACAAAACUGUUAGAAUAUAAUGUGUUAUUAGAUAAAAAUACAAGUAUGAAAAUGUUAGUUCAAGAUUUAGAAAAUAAAAUUGAUGAUUUGAUUAAAGAUAAUGAAAAGUUAUGUAUUGAUUUAAAAAAAGAAAAAUUAAUAAGUGAUGAAAAAGAAAAAAGUAUAUUAACAUUAAAUGAAGAUAUUAAAUUGUGUGAACAUAAAAUUAUGGAACAUGAUACUAUUAUGUUAAAAUUAAAAGAUGAAAAAGAAAAACUGAAUCAAGAAAUCUUAAUAUUAAAUGAUAUAAAAAAAAACAAAGAUCAUAUUAUUGAAGAAUUAGAAAAUAAUUUAAGAAAGGCUGUAUUUGGAGAUAUUAAAAUUAAUGAAUUAGAAAAAACGAAAUUAGAACAUAAAAUUUUUACAGAACAAGAUUUAGGUUUUCAUAAUAAUGAUCAUAAUAUAAAUGAUUUAUAUAAUUCUAAAAUAUGUAUAUUUAAUAAUAGUUAUAAUACAAAAAAUAAUAAAAUGAAUAUUGAUGAAUUAAAAAAAUAUAGUUUAUAUUUGAAAGAAGAAAAUGAUUUAAUAAAACAUGAAUUAAGAAAAUUAAAAGACAAAUAUAGUAUUGAUGAACAAAAAUAUAAAGAAAUUGAAAGAAGUGUUGAAAAAAGAGAUGAAAUUAUUCAUAAAAUGAAUAAUGAAAUACUUAUGUCUAAUGAUAAAAUAAAAAAUUUAGAAAAAGGUACCAAACAACUUAAUUCUGAAUUAUAUGCUAUAAAUGAAUUAUUAGCUAUUAGAAGUGAUGAAUGUAAAGAAUUAUCUAAUGAAUUAUAUGAAUUAACAGAUGAAAAAAAUAAAUUAAUUAUACAAAAUGAAGUUUAUCAAAAACAAAUCGAAUAUUUUAAACAACAAAUAGAUGAUAAAACACAAUUAUUAAAUGAUUUAGAUAUGAUAAAGUUACAACAUGAAAAUAAUGAAUAUGAUAAAAAUGUUUUAAUAAAUAAAUAUAAUAAAGCUUUAAAUAGAUAUUAUAAAAUUUGUUCUAAUGUUAUAUAUUAUAAGAAAUAUUUAGAAAAAGAAUUGAGUUCCAAAAAUAAUGAAACAAAUGAAAAUGAUGAUAUAUCAUCUUUCAAUAAUUCAUUCAAUAAUGAAAAUAAUAAUAAACUGACAAUGUUUACUCUAAAAAAUAAUAUGAAAAAUAUGAAUGACAUAAAUAAUAUGGAUAAUAUUGUCAACAUGGACAAUAUGAAUAGUAGUGAUAAUUCUAUUAUAUCUAUAGACAGAAUGUGUAACUUAAAUGAUAUAAAUAAAGUAACUGAAUAUGUAAACGAAUUUUUGAAAUGUGUUCGAUUAUUAAUAUUCAAGAAAAGAGUAUUUGAAUCUAAAUUGGAAAAUGCUGAAAGGAAAUAUAAUAGUUUUAAAGAUAAAUUAAAAGAAGAAAAAGAUGUAAUAAAUGAUUUAAAGAAAAAAUUAAGACAAAGUCAAGAAUAUCUCACACAUAAUAAUAAUAGUAAUAAUAAUAUGGAGGAACGAAAUUAUUAUGAUAAUAAAAAGGACAAUAAUUUUGAUGAUAAUAAUAAUUUCUCUAUGAAUUACAAAGAUUUAAGUUCACAGAUAUUAUUAAAAGUAACAGGUAAAAAUGAUAUGAUUGAAGAAAAUAAUUAUAUGAUUUUGAAAUAUGAAAAUGAGAAAUUAAUAGAAGAAAAUAAAUAUUUAAAUGAACAAAUAAAUAAUUUAUUUACAUUACAAAGUAGUUUUAAUAAAUUAAAUAAAAUAAAGGAAUCAGACCAGAAAGGAAUUAUUAGAAAUAAUAAUAAUGAUGACAAUAUUAAUAAUAAUGAUAUUAUUAAUUAUAAUGAUAAUCAUUUUAAUAAUAGCGCUGCUGAAUAUACAUAUCUCAAAUUUCAAGAAAAUACUAUAAGGAAUGAAUUAAAUAUAUAUAAAAAUCAAAAUGAAUAUUUAAAGAAAAAAGCACAAAAUUAUGAAGAUAUUAUAAAUAAUUUACAAAAAGAAAUAAUUAAUAUUAUAGAUAAACAAAAAGAAUGCGAUGAAGAAGUAUAUAAAAUGGAAAAGGAAUUAGAAAAGAAAAAUCAAGAUAUCGACAAUUUAGUAAAGAAAAGACAAAAAGAUCAAGAAAAUUUAGAAAUAGAAUAUUCUAAAGCUAUCAGAUUAGAAAAUGAAUUUUUAUCAUUAAAUGAAGAUAUAUUUAAAAAAGAUGAACAUAUUAAAGAAUAUGAAGAAUUAGUUAACAAAUUAAAUGAAGAUAUUAAAAUUCAUAUGAAGGAAAAAGACGAAUUAAAAGAAUAUGCUGAAGAUUUUAAAAAUAAAUAUGAAUUAUUUGAAAAGAAAUAUAAUAAUUUAUUACACGAUGUUAUUCAAUAUGAGAAUAUAAAUGAAAAAAAAAAUGACAAUACAAAUGACAAUACAAAUGACAAUAUAAAUGGCAAUAUAAAUGAAAAUAUAAGUGACAAUAUAAAUAAAAAAAGAUAUUCGUUAUCGUCAAAUGAAAAGAAAGAAACACAAAGUUUAAUUAAUAAAUUGAAAAAUUAUGAUGUGAUGAUAACAGAUUUAAUGAAUGAAAAAGAUAUGCUAUUAAAUAAAUAUAAUGAAUUAAAAAAUAUAUAUGAAGAGAAAUUAAAUGUGGAACAUGUGUUACAUAAUGAAAUAAAUGAAUUAAAGAAAGAAAAUGAAUACUUAAAUGAAACAAAAACAUCUUUAAAUAAACAAGUUGAUGAUUUAAUUAAAGAAAAUGAUGAAUAUAAUAAAAAAUGUAUUCAUUUAGAUAAAGAAAAUGUAGAUUUAUAUAAAAAAUUUGUCAAUGUAUCUAAUCAAUUAAAUAAUAUAAAUUCUUUAGAUGAAUAUGCCAAUAAUAAAAUGGGAGGAAUCAAAAAAUCUAGUAAUAUAAGAAAUACAUUAAAAGAAAAUGAGUUAAACGAAAAAGCAAGUGGAACAGGAAGAAUAUCAAAUCAUAAUGUAGUUAAUAUGAAUAAUAUGAGUGUGAAAUCAUUAGAAGAUUAUCAUGAUGAUGAUAUUAUGAAAAGAAUGAAAAAUGAUAUGAACGAUUUAAGCAUUGAAAAUGAUUUAUUAAAAGUAAAGAUUAAGGAACUAGAACAGUUAAAUAGUAAUAUAUUUAAUGAUAAUAAAGAUUUAAUAAAUAUUAUAUCAAAUAGAGAAAAUGAUAAAAAAGGUAUUUCUGAUUGUAAGGAAGAUAAUAAUAUUAAUAUAUUAGACAUGCAAGAUAUACAUAAUAAUUAUGAAAAUUUAUUAAUCGAAAAUAAAUUAGAAAAACAAGUAAAUGAGAAUUUGAAAUUAGAAAUAUAUAAUCUUAAAAAUAAAGUUAAUGAAUAUAAUAUGAUAAUUAAUAAGAAUUCUCAUUAUGAAGAAAGUAAUAAAAGAACAAAGAAUUACUUAUAUUAUUUAAAUGAUAAAAUAAAAAGUUUUAUUAAAAUAUUUAGUACAAAUAACAUGAAUUAUGAUCAUUUGAAAUCUGAAUUGAAGAAAAUCAAAUUAAAUAAUUUAAUGAUUAUUCAAGAUAAUUUCAAUUCCUUGAAUGAUAGUGCUAGUAGUAGUAAAUUAUCAAAAAAGAAUAUUUGUUCUUCUAGUAAUUAUUCUUUAGAAGAUGAUGAUAAUAGUAGUGUAUGCUCAAAAAUGAUUGUAAAUUUUUUUACACUACAUAAAGAAGGAACAUUUGAAAAUUAUGAUAACAAAAAAAUGUAUGAUAAUUAUAAUAAUGAUAUUGUGAUUAAAAAAAGUGAAUUACAAAAUGUGUAUAAAUAUAUAAUUAAACUAAAAGAAAAUUACAUUAAAAAAUGUGUACUUGUAGAUAAUCAAAACAUAAUGAUUCAAGAAUUAAAUAAACAAAUCUUUACUUAUUCAGAACAAAAUAAAAAAUAUCAUGAUGAACAAAAUGAAUGGAAAAACAAAGUAAAUGAUAUAAUAAAUGAGAAUGUAAAAAAAAUGGAAUCCUUUUCAAAAAUACAUAACAAUUUAUUAAAUAAACUUGAAGAAGAAAUAAAUAAAAAUAAUAAAUUAUCGAAUGAAUUAUAUAUUCAAAAUGAACAAAAUAAAUUGUAUCAAGAAAAUGAAAUGAAAAUUGAAAAUGCAUUAAACAGAAGUAAUCAAAUAAAUAAUAUUGAUAAAGAAUCAAAUAGUAAUUUAAAAAAAAUAUCUAUAUUAUUAGAUGAAUAUAAAGAAAUUAUUGAAACUAAUUCAAAAUUGUUAAUAAGAAAUAAUAAUAUCUUGUUAGAAAAUAAUACAUUAAAAGAUGUUAUUGGAAAAAUGGAUAAGGAUAUAAAUAAAUUAAAUCAUCAAUUAAAGGAAAAAAAUAUUUUAAUUGAAAAUGCAAAAAUUAAUAUAAAUACGAAGGAAUUCAAAAAUAAAUCUACAAAUUUAAAUGAUAACCAAGAAAAUACUCUAAAUAAUAUGAAUCAUAGUUUAAAAGAUAGAAAUGAGGAAAACACUACAACAAGUAUCUUAAAUGAUAACAAAAAAUAUGGAAGUAGUGAACAACUUAUAAAUGAAUAUGAAGAAAUCAUUUUAAUUAUUGAGAAAAAAAAUAAUGAAUUAGAAAAUAAUUGUCAAAAUUUAAAAAAAUCAAAUUAUCAAGUAUAUAAUAAGUAUAAUAAAUUAGUAUAUGAAUAUAAUUCAUUAAAAAAAUUUAUAAAGGAUAAGAUAAAGAAUAAUGGAUAUAUAGAUAUUGAUUUAAGUCAAUUUGAGCAACAUAUUAAAAAAGACAUAAAUGAAAAAUUUGGAGAGACAAAUGAUGGUCAAAAUGAAUUAAGCAAUAUAAAUAAGGAUGUAAUUUUUUCAUCACUUAUAUCAUUUAAUCGUUAUGAUAUCAAGAAAAUAUCUGAUCAUGUGAAUGCUAUCGAACAGUUAAAUGAUGAUAUGUUGAAUAAUAAGGAAUUAAACCUAUAUAUUGGUUUAAUCAAAAGGGAUAUUGAAAAUAUGUUAAAUGAUUAUAAUUAUAAAAAUGAUGUGAAUGACAAUAAUUAUCAAAAUGAUGUGAAUGAUUAUAACCGUCGUGGUGGUCAUAUUCCUUAUGAGGAUAAUAAAAUUUCAAAAAUAAAUAAAGAUGAAUUAAUAGAAAAAUUAAAAGAAAAAGAUUCAGAAAUUAAAGAAUAUGAAAAGAAACUUGAUAAUAUGAAUAUAUACGUAAAUAAAAAAGAAAGAGAAAUUGAGAAAUUAAAAGAAUUAUAUGGUGAUCAAUUGUCUAUUAAUAAAAAUUCAUAUAUAAGUAAUUCAAAUACUAGUAUGAACAAAAGAAAUAGUAGUAACAUGUCAGAGAAACAUUUAGAAAUAAAAGAAGAGUAUAAAGAAUUAUUAAACGAAUACAAAUUUUCAUUAAACUUAUUAAAUGAUACCAAAAAUAAGUUAGACACACUGAAAAGAGAAAAGAAGGAUAUGGAAAAAUUAAAGGAAUUAGAAAUUCAUGAUAAAGAUAAUAUUAUAGAAAAUUUAAAAGGAUUAAACAGGGAAUUAGAAAAUAAUAUAAAUGAAAUAAAAAAAUCAUUCAAUGAAAAAAUAUUAGAAAAAGAAAAUAUUAUAGAAAAGAAUAAUGAUUUGUUAAAUGAUUUAAAUGAAGAAAUUAAUAUUUUGAAUUCUAAUAAAAUACAAAAUAAUAAUUUUAUUAAAGAAUUGGAAUUACAAAUAAGGAAUUUAAAUAAUGAAAUCAAUACAUUAAACGAUAUGCUAAAAGAUUCAAAAGAAGAAAUUAUGAUUCUUAAUCAUACCUUAGAAGAUAAACAAAAGGAAUGUGUAGAAUUACGUAAUAAAUUAGAACAAAAUUAUUUACACAUAUCAAAUGAAGAUAAAUAUGAUAAAUCAUCAGGAACAUAUAAUAGUGAUGAAAUAAAUGAAACUCGCAUGAGACAUGAAAACGAAAUUGAUGAUUUAAAAAGAAAAAAUUUAUUACAAAGUAAUGAGCAUUAUAAAAAAAUGAAUGAAUUAAGAAGAGAUUUAAACAAUUCUUUUUCAAGUUAUAACAAACUAAAAUAUGAUAGUGAAAAAAAAAUUGAAGAUUUUAAGGAAGAGGCAAAUAAUUUAAAAUAUUAUAUUAAAAAAAUCGAAGAAGAAAAUAAAAAAAAAGAAGAAAAACAUGCUUUAAUAGAAGUAGCGAUACAAGAAAUGGAUAAAGAAAUAAAUAUAUUAAAAACUCAACUUGAAGAAAAAAAUGAAAUUAUAAAUGAUAUACAAAAUAAUAUGGAAGAAAAAAAGAAGACUCUUGAAUAUUUAGAAGAAGAUAUUAAAUCUGUGCAACAUAUUAUAAUGAAAUAUAUACAAAAAUUAAAUUCUCUUAAAGAUAUCGAACAAUUAAUUGAUGAAUUAAAUGAUAACGAAUUAAAAACAAACGAAUGUUUUUCAUUUAUAAAAGAUAUUUUUAUAAGUAUUCAUCAAAAUUACAUGAAAGAAGAAUUAAAGAGAAAAGAGGAAAUGAUUAUAAAUGGACAAGGUUUAAUUAAAGAAAAUGAAGUAAUACAAUUAGAAGAAAAAUUAAAAGAAUUGAUAAUAGAGAAAAAUAGAUAUGAUAAAGAUAUUAAAGAUCAAAAAGAGGAAUUACAUCAUUUACUUGAUAAAAAAGAUUCGUAUGAAGAGGAAUUAAAUCAUAUUAUAAACGAAUUAGAAAUAAAAAGACAAGAAAUUAAUCAAAUGAAUAAUAAAUUGAAUGAAUUAAAAAAUAUUCAAAAUGAUAAUAAACGUAAAGUGGAAGAUAUAAAAACUAAAGAAGGUGAUUUAAAAUAUAAAGAAGAAGAAUUAAAAUAUCGAGAAGAUAAUUUAAAACAUAAAGAAGAAGAAUUAUUAAUUAAAAAUGAAAAUUAUAUGAAUAAAGAAAAAGAUCUUAUGAAAAGUAAAGAAGAGUUAAUUGUUCGAGAAAAUGAUUUAAUAAAAAAUAAAGAAGAGUUAAUAGAUAAAACAAAUGAAUUAAUGUUAAAAAGAGAAGAAUUACAAAAGGAUAAAAUACAUAUUGAUGAAUUAAAAAAUGAUUUAAUGGUAAAAUUUGAGAAAUUAUAUAAUGCACAAAAUGAUAUUAAAGUUAAAGAAACGAAAUUAAAAAAAAUAUAUGAAAAAUUAAAAGAUCAUAAUAUUAUUGAAUUGUUUGAUAUAAAUAAUAGGGAUAACAACAAUAAUAUAAGAGACCAUACUGAAAAUAUAAAUAAUAUAAAUAAUAUAAAUAGUGAUAUAAAUAAUAAUGAUAUAAAUAAUAAUAAUAAUAAUAAUAAUACACCUAAUUUUAACAAUCGUUUAUCAUUAAAAAGGUUGGGAAUACUUUUAGGACUUGAUGAAAUAGGAGAUGAAAAUGAACUUGAUUUUAAUUUUGAUAAAGAAAAUGAAAGUUUAAAUUUAGACUCCCUUGAAUAUACAACAUAUUUUAACGAAUUCAAAAAGAGAAUUAAAAAUUUAAAAAACAAUUUAUUAAACAGAGAAAAGGAUGUUGAAAUAUAUAAAAAGUCAUACGAAAUUGAAAAGAAAGAAAAGGAAAUUUACAAGAUCGAAUUAGAGAAAUUAAAUGAAUUAUUACACGUAGAACAAAUGAAUAGGAAAAAUUUAGAUUUAGAAUUAGAGAAAUAUAAAAGUGAAGAUACUGAUAUUUUAAAAUCUUUAAGAGAAUCUGAAGAAUUAUUAAAUGAAAAAAAUAAUAAAAUAUUAGAAUUACAACAAAAAUUAAUUCAGACAUCUUAUGAUAUAAAUAUUAUGAUUGAUAAUAAUAAAAAUUUAAUAAAGGAAAAAGAUAAAGAUUAUGAAGAGAAAAUUGAUAAUUUAAAUUCAAUUAUUAAUGAUUAUGAGAAAGAAAUAAAAGAAAUGAAUAAAGAAAAAUUAAAUCUUACUAGAAAAUCAAUUGAAAAAAUGAUUGAUGAUGGAGAAGAUAUUAAGAAAUUGAAAAUCGAUUUAGAUGAAGCACAGGAAAUAAUAUUAGAUUUAAAAAAAAAGAAUGAAGAAUUAAAUAAUAUAAAUAUUGAAUUAAUAAAUUCGAAUAAAGACAUGAGAUUAGAUAUUGAUGUAUUACUAGUAAAUGUUAACAAUUUGAAUAAAAAGAACAUAUUAAAUGAAAAUAAAUUUAUUGAAGAUGAAAGAAAAUAUAAUGAAUUAAAAAUGGUAUAUGAACAAAAAGUAAAUGAGUUUAAUAAAUUAUAUAAUAUGAUUUCUAUAAAAAUGAAGAAAAAAUUUGAUUCAGAAAAUGAUAUAGAACAAGAUUACUCAAAUGAAAAUGUUAAUAUGCAAAUAUCUAGAAAUAGUAUAAAUAAUAAAUAUGCUAUUAAUGAUUAUGAAAAUGAUACAGUAGUUGCCUUAAACGAAAAGAAUAUGAUAAUUGAUUCAUUGAAUGAAAAAAUUGCAUAUUAUGAAAAGGAAAAUUAUAAAAAGGAAGAACUAGUAAAUAAAUAUAAAAAUACUAUAGAUGAAUUAUCAAAGAAGAUACACAUUUUUGAAGAUAAUUUAGAUUUUUUAAUAAGUUUGAAUGAAUUUAUAAAAACGAAUAAUUUUACUUAUGAAAAUAUAUUAGAUAUAUUAAAUAAUUCAAUAUUAUAUAAAAAGUUAUUAAAUAAAAUAUUGGUUGAAAAUCAAUUUUAUAAAUAUAUUAUAUCUAUUAGAGAUUGGUUAUUUGAAAUUAUAAAAUCAAAAAGUUAUAGUAAUAGUAGUAGUAAUAAUAAUAAAAAUAGUAUUAAUCGUAGUCAUCAUCAUCAUCAUAAUAAUAAUAGUAAUACCAGAGAAUCUGUUUUACGAUUGAGUUUAAAGAAUAAAAGAAAUUUUAAAAGAACAGCAAGUGUAACAUCUAAUAUUUAUAAUGAUUUAUAUUUUAGUGAAAAUAUUUUAUCAGGUGAAAAGGAGAAUGAUGAAUUAACAAAUAGUUUUAAUAAAACAUUAAACGUUAUUGAUAAUGAUUUUAACAAUUUUGAAAAUAUAUGUAUUGAAUUAAAUAAUAUGUUUAGAGAAGAAGAUUGGAAUAAUAUAUUUAUAAAAGUAAAUAUCUUAGAAAAUCAAUUUACCAAUAUUAUAAAUCUAAUUAUACGUGAAAUGAAGAAAAUAAAUAAGAAAUUAAAUAAUAAUACUAAUGAAAAAUUUGAAUUAAAGAAAAGUGUAAAAAUAUUGAAAAAAAGAUUAAAUUCAAUAUCUACUGAUUUUGAGAAGCGCACAGAAGAAGUAGAACAUUUAAAUGAUGCCUUAAGAAAAGAAUGUGCAGAAAAAGAUGUAUUAUUAAAUCAAUAUGAAGAUAUAAAAAAAACUUAUAAAAAAUUAAAUGAACAAUAUAAUGAACAAAUUAUAUUAAUUAAAAAAAAUGAACAUGAACUAAAAUCAUUAAAUGAUCAGUUAUUAUUAGAAAAAAAUGAAAAUCAAAUAAAAACAGAAAAAAUUAAUAAAUUAUUAAAUAAUGACUUGAACCAUUUCAAUAACUCAUUAGACAAAUCUGCAUAUCAAUUAAAUGAAUUAAACAAUGAAAAGAAAAGAAAUAACAUAUUAUUGAAUGAAUUAGAGGAAAAAGAAAAAAUCAUUUCACAUUUACAUAAGGAGUUAGAAUCGAAUAUCAAUGUUAUUAUUGAGUUGAAAGAAUUUAAUGAAUUGUUACUUAACAAAUUGAAAAAAGAAGGAUAUAAAAAGGAGAAAGACAACAGUGUGAAUGAUCAAAUUAGUGACCAUAAUUAUAGUAAUAUAAAUAAAAAUGAUAAUAAUAGUAAUAUAAAUAAUAAUAAUAGUAAUAAUAUGAACUCUUUUAAUAAAUCUAAUAUAUCUAAUAAUGAACACUUAGAAGAUACCAAUAGAAACGAAUUAAUAAUCAUAAUAAGCCAAUUAGAAAAUGAAAAUAAUAUCUUAAAAGAAGAAUUAGAAAUUAUAAGAAAUAAUUUCAAAAUGUUAAAGGAGAAAAAGAAUGAACUUGAAGAUAUUAUUAAUAGUAACGAUGUAAAAUUAAAUAAAAGAGAAAUCGAACUUAAUGGUAUCCUAAUUGAGAAAGAGAAAAUAUUAGAACAAACCAAUAAAUAUAAAAUUAAAUGUAUACAAAUUAUUGAUAUAUGUUUUAAUCAAGAUUUUAAUAUAAUAGAUAUUCGUGAAAAAAUUAUAACCAUAUUUAAGAAUGAUGACGAACAAAUUAUGGAUAUAAUUAAUUGUCACAAAAAUAUGUUAUCGAAUGGUAAUAAUAAUAAUAGUAAUAAUAGUAAUAGCAAUAAUAAUAAGAAGAAGAAUGAUAAAUUGAGCAUAUUACAGGAUGAAGAAUCUAGGAGUAUUAUUGAUGAAGAAAAAAUGUUACACAUAGAAGAAAUGAGUAAAAAAAAUGAAGAAUUAAUUAAGAAAAAUGAAGAAAUAUGGAAAUUAAACAAAUUUAUAGAAAAUUUAAAUAAAGAAAUAACAAAUAAAAAUUUUAUUAUUAUUUCAAAUCAACAAGAUAUUGAAAAUAAAAAUGAUAUAUUAGAAAAAAAUGAAACAUAUAUUAAUUUCUUAAAAGAUCAAAUUAAAUUAUUAUGUAAUAAUAUAGAUGAAAAUAAUUUAUUUGAUAUAAAUAAUGUUAAUUUAUCUCCAACUCUUCGUAGCUUUAUUAAAAGAAAUAGUGUACGCCCAAAAAAUACAUAUGCUUCAAAUGAUAAUAAAGAGGAUCCAUUUUUUGAUGAUAUGAUAUAUAAUCAUAUGAAUAGUAUAAAUAAUAUAAUUAAUGAUCAAGAUUCACAAUUAAAAAAGAAAAUAAAUUUUGAACCUAAUAGUAAUAGUCAAGCACAUUAUAAUUUUUAUGAUGAAAAUGAAGUAAAACUAGAAGAAAUGAAAUUAAAAAUUGAAGAUUUAAAUGAUAAAUUAAAAACAUCUGAAAACGAAAUAGUGAUUUUAAAAAAUGAAAAUAAUGAAUUAAUAGAAAAAUGUGAAUUUUUAAAAAAUGAAUUAAAAAAUGUACAAGGAGCCAAAAGACAUUUAAUGUUAUGUGAGAGUAGAAUUAAUAUCUUAGAAAAAGAAUUAGAAGAUAAAAAAAAUAAAUUAGAAGCACAGAAUAAAACUGUUAAUGAAUGUGUUGAUAUGUAUGUUGAAGAAAAUUCAGAAAAUUAUAAUAAAAUUUUAGAAUUAAAAAAUUUAAAUGAGAAAUAUAAAAUCGAAAUUAAUGUUUUAAAUGAUGAAAUAACAAAACUAAAAAAUGAAAUCAAUACAUAUAAAAAUGAUUUAAAAAACAUUAAUGCUACACUAGAUUUUUAUAAAUCUACACAUGAUGAAUUAGUAAACGAAUAUAGUAAAGAAGAAAGAAAUAAUGUAUAUUAUAUUAAAUUAUGUGAAGAAUUAAAACAAGAAAAUCAAAAUUUUAAACAACUUUUAGAUUCUCAUGAAGAAAAUAAAAAUGAACUUAUAAACGAUAUCAAACAAAUAAAAGAGCAGUUAAAUAAUUGUGUUAAAGAAAAUUAUGAAAUUAUUUUAGAUUUAGAAUUAUUGCAAAUGCAAAAUAAUUUAUUAAAAGAAAAUUGUAAUUAUUAUAAACAAAGGGAACAUAUUUUAAUCAAUAAUUUAGAUCAGAAUAAUAAUAUAAACAAUUUCAAAAUUGAUGAAAAUGUUAAUGAAACAAAUUUAAAAGAAUUUAUAAAUAAAUUAAAUCAACAAAUUAAUAAUUUACAAGAGGAUAUAAAUAACAAAUCAGAAACUAUCAUAUCAUUGAAAUAUCAAAUUAAAGCAUUUCAUUUUGAAAAUAUAUCGAAAGAAAAUAAUCAACCAUUUAAUCAAAAUGAUAAUAAUACAAUUCAAGAAAUUCUAAAUCUCAAUAAUAUUACAUAUGUGCAAAAUAAUUUGUUUAUAUAUAUUAGUUUAUUUAAAAGUAUUCUUUUUAUUAUAAGUGAAAUACUCUUCUUUAUUGACCCAACCAAUAAUUUAUACUUUGAAAUAUUAACACUUUUAAAAUUAAAAAGUCAAAAUGAAUCAUACAUAGAAUUUGAUACUAUGAUAAAACAUGUGGAUAUUUCUCAACAUGAUUGUGAAAAUAUAUUUCAAUCUGUUCUUAAAUCAAAGACUAUAUUAAGAGAAAAAUUGCAAUUAUUACAAUUAAAAAUUUGUUAA